UGAUAGGCCAUGUUAGACCUUUGUAACCCCAAAAGGGCGUAGGCUAUGCAUAUUUUUUUUUAAUGAAUAUUUAAGUUCCCUAAUGGUUGCAGAUUGGGAUGCAAAUGAGCCCACAUUUCAAUAAGGCGCGCAGACCUAAAGGAUAGUAAGUAAGCCGUGCUAAACCAGAGUAUUGACUCUCCGCUGGUCAGUAUGUCCUUGUUGAGCGCGGGCGGCACAUUGGUUAACAACAGCCUGUGGAAGAAGAAAUUAUGAUUGAACCGUUUUCGCAAGGAUAAGACCUGUUUUUCCGUAGAAAAACCUAGAAUUGACACCGAAAUUUGGAUUGGAGAGGCAAACGACCGUUCAACACCGAACUCUAAAGCGUCCUGAGAAAUUGAUUGUGUAGGACCUUCGCCUUGAACGCCGCCGAAGGCUCUAUCAUCAAUCUCUCCAGGCGUUUGGCACCAAUAAAUCUGCCAGCUAUAGGACAAGCUAUAGGACAGUUACACGAAACAAACGGCUUGGGUUACUUAGACAACAUUUUAUGAGCGGUGAGCACCUAUAUCACUGUAGCAUAUGGAUAUGGUGUGGACGGAUAGGGGCUGUUAAUUGAUGGGACUUGGUCCAAAAGUGCAACUGUUUGAUUGCGCCGGCUGGAACUGGGGCAGUGAAUGUUCCCAGUAAGCUACGCAUGGACUUGUCAAUAGAAAGACGGUCAACCAACGCAUCCUUUAGUUGUGGUGGGGGAAAAAAUCCACAUUGUAGCUUAUUGCAACAAUAAAAAAACAACCAUCAUUUAUGAGCAUUCAGGCGAGGUAUUUAAACUGGAUCCCAGUUCGUCUAAUUCUGGGAUCCUAUCGACUACGGAUUUGAUUAAUCGCUUUCAAAGACAACCCACUGCUCCCCUGAAAGGGACAAGAUGCCGUUCCACCAUGUGACGGCAGGGCUGCUGUACAAGGGGAACUAUCUGAGUCACUCUCUGUCUGAGGACAACGACUGUGACCAGCUGGCCAGCAUCUCUGUGGAGGAGCUAAAUGAGAUCCGGGAGGCAUUCAGAGUGCUGGACCGGGAUGGGAACGGGUUCAUCUCCAAGCAGGAGCUGGGCAUGGCCAUGAGGUCUCUGGGAUACAUGCCCAGUGAGGUGGAGCUGGCCAUCAUCAUGCAGAGACUAGACAUGGAUGGAGACGGGCAGGUAGACUUCGAUGAGUUCAUGACGAUCCUGGGACCCAAGCUCCUGUCGUCUGAAACCAGGGAGGGCUUCCUGGGGAGCACAAUAGACAGUAUAUUCUGGCAGUUUGACAUGCAGCGUAUCACCCUUGAGGAGCUGAAACACAUCCUGUUCCACGCCUUCAGAGACCAUCUGACCAUGAAGGACAUCGAGAACAUCAUCAUCAACGAGGAGGAGAGCCUCAACGAGAACUCGGGACACUGUCAGGCAGACUUUGAAGGAAUUCAUUCUAAAAAUAAGAACCGGCAGACGUGCGUGAGGAAGAGUCUGAUCUGCGCCUUCGCCAUGGCCUUCAUCAUCAGCGUCAUGCUCAUCGCGGCCAAUCAGAUGCUGCGGAACGGCCUGGAGUAGCCACGCCCACUGUGAGCGGGAAAAACUAACCUGCAUGUGCAUGAUGAAAGUGGGUGAGGUCAUUUCCUGUUUCUUUAGAAAGAAAAAAAAACGACUUCAAAAAUGUCUCACUGAUGGUGACAAAAAAACAGAAAACACUGACUGAUAAACCAUCAGAUUUUUCUGAGUGGAUGACAGUCUGACGUCCACCGAAACUGAGAAGCCAGCAUGAGGAGUCCAGCGAGACCCCUCAUAACCCCAUUACUCUGGCAGGGACAUUCAAGGGCUGACUUUCGCUUACUCUGCUGUCUCUGUUCCCUAAUGCAAUAAAGACACAAGUACAGGAGUUCAGUACUCUUCCUCUCUUCCCUACCCAGAGUCUUCAUAUGAAGGUACCUUGGAAUUCAAUUUUAACUUCUUGCCUCAGAAGGCAGAAUCAUGGUGGAUUGAGACAUGCCCUAAGUGUAUUUGUACAAGGCAGCAUCCUUGUAGAUUGAGACAUACCCUCAAUUGGAUCUGUGUGAGAGAGAAUGGAACUGUGCCUCCUGCAGUGCAGAGAGCCUGAUUAGCUACAGGGCGCACCGCUGCAGUCUGGCUACGCACAUACACUCUUACGCAUCUACGCAUGUACUUCCACAAACACACACACACACACACACACACACACACACACACACACACACACACACACACACACACACACACACACACACAAUAAUUGGCCUGUUAUUCUAGUUUCCUGAGGGCGGGUGGAAGCUAGCUCACCACUGGAGCAUACAGUAAGUCUCUGGAUGCGACAGGCAUGAUGGUGCCGUCUGCUGUAAGGCUGUUGUUUAAGCUCUUCUAGAAGCUUUCAUCCAGAGUUCCGGAAUGAAAUCGGUGGGUAUUCCUGUGCCCAAAUUCCACACUGUUACUGUAUCUGUGUACAUUCCCAGUGCUAAACAGAACAGUGUUUGAAAGACCAUAGCUGUGAAAAGUCUGGGCUGUAAUGUACCUAUGAUCUAAUUCCUCUUGAGGUAGGUAGGCCUGAACUCCUGUAUUGUAUUGACUCUCAUGGUAAUAUUUAAACCACCUACAGUUUUGCUGAAGACUGCUUGUAAUAGCUACAGUACUGCAUGUGAUCAAGUCUACGUCGAUAUGUAAAUAUGUAUGUAACCCAUGUUGUUGUUGUCUACGUGUAUAGGGUGAAGGUGUUCUACUCUGUAUGUGCAUGAUUGUUGGUACUCUCUACUCCUGCAGAUUUAGAGGUGGAGGGAAGGAGAGAGCACUGUGAAACCAGAGGCUGCUGCCUUCCAAAUCACAAUACACAGGCAGGCAGGCAGACAGACAGACAGACACAAAGCUCUCUAUGUUCCCCUCACCCUCUGGCCAAAGCCAUAGAACUCAAUGGAGAUGUAAUGACUGAAGAACACUAAAUGGUUGUUGUUGUUUUCCGUUACAAAUGUGUAUUUUCAGUAGGAACAGUCCAUCCUUUGUGCAUGUUGUUGGGUUCCUUCACCCACCCUUUUGCGCUGUACAAUCAUUUCCAUCUAUCUCCAUAAGCAGAACAGAGAGUAGAAUCACAGACUGGUGUAAGAGCCCCAUCUAGAGUUUGGCUCAAAAAUUCUGAUAUUUUUUGUAACACAGUGUGCUCUCCUAGCUCUGGUCCAAAUGCAGCCUGCAAACCUUGGUAAAAACAGUGUGCAAGUGAGGUUGGAAGCCCAAAAGGGCUUAUUUGAAAACAACACCACAAAUAUAAGUACAAAAAUAUAUCAGUUAAACAAAGCAUACAACUCAGUAUACAAGAAAAGCCAUGUUUGAUUGUGUGUGUGUGUGUGUGUGUGUGUGUGUGUGUGUGUGUGUGUGUGUGUGUGUGUGUGUGUGUGUGUGUGUGUGUGUGUGUGUGUGUGUGUGUGUGUGUGUGUGUGUGUGUGUGUGUGUGUGUGUGUGUGAGAGAGUUAGGCUACUUAGAGGGGAUUAUUGGGUAGUUUGGUUCAUCAGGCUGACCCCCAGUUUUUGCUUGAAGUUGAUGAGGUUUUGGCAAUGUCAAGAUACAAAUUCCAGAGUAUGGUACCUCUGUAUCUGAUAGAGAAUUGACUAUGUGAGGUGCGGCAGUGAGGAGGGUGAAUUAUUAUUACUGCAGUGGCUUGUGUUAAAUAGAUGGAUUUCAGAAUUACCUGGAAGAAUCCAUUGAAGGGUUUAGGUAAACUUUCUGGGAGGUAUGAGUAUUUGUAGAUGAAAGUGCAUAAUUGGCGUACAUUAAUGUCGUAAAUAGAAGAGAUAUUGAGUUUCUUAAACAAAGGUGUAGAUGGAGUCAGAUAAUUAGAGGAUGUGGCUAGUCUUGCAAAAUCUAUUUGUAUGAUGAGUAAUUUAUGUAGGUAGGAGGCAUACAGUGCAUUCGGAAAGUAUUCAGACCCUUUGACUUUUUUCACAUUUUGUUAAGUUACAGCCUUAUUCUAAAAUGGAUUAAAUUGUUUUGUUUUUUCCUCAUCAAUAUACACACGACCCCAUAAUGACAAAGCAAAAACAUGUGUUUUUUAUUUUUGCAAAUGUAUUAGAAACAUUUACAUAAGUAUGCACAGCUAUUUUCAGGUCUCUCCAGAGAUGUUCGAUUGGGUUCAAGUCCGGGCUCUGGCUGGGCCACUCAAGGACAUUCAAUGACUCGUCCCCAAGCCACUCCUGCGUUGUCUUGGCCAUGUUCUUAGGGUCGUUGUCCUGUUGGAAGGUGAACCUUCACCCCAGUCUGAGGUCCUGAGCGCUCUGGAGCAGGUUUUCAUCAAGGAUCUCUCUGCACAUUGCUCGAUUCAUCUUUCCCUUGAUCCUGACUAGUCUCCCAGUCCAUGCUGCUGAAAAACAUCCCCACAGCAUGAUGCUGCCACCACCAUGCUUCACUGUAGGGAUGGUACCAGGUUACCCCCAGACAUGACACUUGGCAUUCAGGCCAAAUAGUUCAAUCUUGGUUUCAUCAGACCAGAGAAAUCUUGUUUCUCAUUGUCUGAGAGUCCUUUAGGUGCCUUUUGGCAAACUCUAAGCUGGAACUCUGGAGCUCUGUCAGAGUGACCAUCGGGUUCUUGGUCACCUUCCUGACCAAGGCCCUUCUCCCUUGAUUGCUCCUUUUGGCCGAGCGGCCAGCUCUAGGAAGAGCCUUGGUGGUUCCAAACUUCUUCCAUUCAACAAUGAUGGAGGCCACUGUGUUCUUGGGACCAUCAAUGCUACAGAAAUGUUUUGGUACCCUUCCCCAGAUCUGUGCUUCGACACAAUCCUGUCUUGGCGCUCAACAGAUAAUUGCUUUUAGCUCAUUGCUUGGUUUUUCCUCUGACAUGCACUGUCAACUGUGGGACCUUGUGUACCAAAUCAUGUCCAAUCAAUUGAAUUUACCACAGGUGGAAUCCAAUCAAGUUGUAGAAACAUCUCAAGGAUGAUCAAUGGAGACAGGAUGCACCUGAGCUCUGUUUCGAGUCUCAUAGCAAAGAGUCUGAAUACUUAUGUAAGUAAGGUAAUUCGUUUUUUUUUUUCUUUUUGCACAAAAAAAAUUCAGCCUGUUGUCGCUUUGUCAUUAUGGGGUAUAGUGUGUAGACUGAUGAGGAAAAGGCUGUAAAGUACCAAAAUGUGGAAAAAGUCAAGGGGUCUGAAUACUUUCCAAAUGCACUGUAUGUACUGGCCCAAACAAUAUUACAGUAAAUGGGAUAUGGUUGAAUUAAGCUAUAGUACAUGAAAGGUAUGUGGAAAUGUCAGGUGAAUAAUUGAUGCCUUGUGUUGAGAUGUCUAAUCAUCAGAACAUGAAAUGUUGAAAAUAAUAUUAUGAUUCUUCUCUAUUCUAUCUGUAUAGAAGGUUUUAUGAAAUUAUGAAUGUUCUACCUAAAUAAUUGUUGGUUCGAUUAACUGCACUGUUUGUGGGACAUAGAUAGUAGUCUUUUAUUGGAAUUCUGUAUGUCUUGCCCAUGGCAGAAAAUCUCCUUUUUUAUCACCUUGAAGAGGUUUGCAUUAAAGUAUGAUCAAUGAACGUCCCCAUUAAUUUUAACAUCAUGUUUGGACAUAUGGCUCCUCUGUGAAGUUUCCAAGUUUGUUUUAUGACAUCAAAGUAAAAGCACUGAUUUGUGUGCAAUAUCAUCUUGCAAUUUAAUAUUGUUAAGACCACCAAUUUAAGUGUACUAGGUGCAAAUUCUCACCUCAUUCAUUAUAUAAUGUAUUCUGUCAAACUGGAGUUUGUUCCUUAUUUAGCUGUUUUGAGCUGUCACCAUUGUCUGCUUCAUUAAUGGCACCCUAAAACAUAUGUUGUGCACUAAUAUUGACCAGGGUCCAUGGGGCUCUAGUCAAAGUAGUGCACUAUAGAGGGAAUAGUGUGUCAUUUGGGACACUACCCUGCCCUAACUCCACAAUACACUGUAAUACCAGGGUAUAGUCUGAACCUUGUGUUGAUGAAUAAAUAAAUACAUGUUAGUCCACAUAAAAGGCUCUGGCCUGGGUAUACUGUUACAGGGGAUGGAGCUGUACCUGCUCUCACAGAAUCAGUGCAUGUCUUGAUCAUUAAAACUGAUGGUGAAUGUGACUGGAAAACUAACAGUCUCACUUCAGUAGCAUGGUGUUUGAAUUGCACAUGUAUGUGCUGUAUGGACACUGUACAUAAAAUACAUAGAUAUACACAGUGCUUAAUUUGAGCCGGAUCCUAUCGGAACACCUCUACAUUUUGGACUGUUUUGUUCCGGAAACUAUUUGGCCGGAUCCGGUACCUCUUGUGGCAUGAGAAUGUACAAUAAGUACAAUGUAAAAAUUCUAAUGAAAGUUCAUUCGAGUUGCUUCUUCGUUAAUUCUCCUACCCUCACAAAAAAACGUAAUGUUAAAAAUGUAGGUUUUCACCCCUUGCCUAACAUUCUAAGUGUUGAUUUGGGUUGGGCCGGCCGGGUUUAUGGUUUGAGCAACAUUGUAACUAACCUAUGUUUGAGGCCAACGCCUGGCGGUGGCUGUGUGAGAAGCGCGCCAUUAUCUCUCACAUACUGGAAUGGGAUUCACUUUGUAUGAUCUCUCUCCCCCUCUGCUCUGAUAGACAUGAGCCUGCAACUCUCGUCUAUCUCUCCGUUGCACUUCAUCAUGUAUUUCCUUAUAGAAGCAUAGCCGCGCGAAGGGUUCCGAAUGAACUGCAGCAGCCUACAUUCGGGAACGCGCGCCAAUACGUCAGUGAAAAAACAGUACGCAGACCAAACAGGCCUUUCGUAAUAUGUCAAAUACAAUCGAGGUAAAACACAGGUUGGGAAGCAAAUGGCUCCUGCAGAAAAGAUAAGACUCUAUGCUGUAGGUUACAAAAAUAUUUGAUACAUUUCCAAAUAUUGUUCUACAAAAGAGAGCGAGAGGCAGAGAGGCUUUUGGCACGCGCUGCGCAUCAUUGGGUGAGUCAGUGAAACUGGAAAGCAUUUUUAGGACUAUAAUUUCUUACACACCUAGACCUAGGCUAUUGAUGGACUCAAGACAAUGUCGUUUUGAUUGAUCUCAGAUUCUCAGUUUGUCAGUAGCCUGCCAUUUCGAUAAUUUGUGCGGUAUUAAAAAAUAUUCUGCCAAAGUCUCCAGUCAUGGAACUUAAAAAUGCUCCCCAUGUGUGCAACUUCUGUAAGUGCCUCUACUCUACUGCUCUAUGCUACUACGCAAAUGCGAUUAUAUGCAUGCAAUGCUUCAUUAUAAAGGUGAUUUCUUUUCUCAUGCGUUCCGGUACCUCAGAACUCCCCAGGUCACCCCCCCAUCCCCCCCCCCACGCUCACUUUUUGUUCCGGCACCUCCCGAUUUACAAAUUAAGCACUGGAAUACAGUACAUAGAUAUACACGUGUAAACUGUGCAUGCACACCAUUAAAACAUGUAGGGGCAGUUUCCCGGACACACAUUUAGCCUCGUGCUGGACUAAAUAGCAAGAUCAAUGGAAAAUCUCCAUUGAAAGUGCUUUUUAGUCCAGAUUUAAGUUGUAUUAUUAAUAAUAGCCUGAAUAUUGUAUCUGUAAAUACUGAAAUCGGUACACAAGUAAAUGGAAAGCAUUUAUGCAAUAAAACAUCUCUUUUUUGUAAAAUUUGCUGUAUCUCAUUGUCUUCCAUCAGAUACGACUAGUGUUGUUUAGAAGACCACAAAAUGGAGGUAUAAGCCAGUACAUCAGUAUAUCCUACUUAUAUAUCCCACUUAAAUAUCCUACUUAUAAUAAAACAAACUCUGCAGGGAUUUUUCUGCUGACCUACAAUUGAGAAAUGUAUGAACUGAGUCAGAGGAAUAAGGACCCUUGUAAACCUGGUUGUAAAUUAUACAUCAGCGCCCAUAUUUACAAAGCAUCUCAGAGUAGGAGUGCCGAUCCCUGUCCAUGUAAUCUAAAAGGCAAAACUGAUCCUAGUUACUAGGUCAGACAACUGUUAUGGAACUGAUUACACAGCUUACUGUUGCACUACACUCGCUGAGUCGAGGGGCCCUAGGCGCAAGCCUAAUUGUUCUGUAACCUCAAUAGGUAUGUGCAUUAACAUGGAAGUAUGAGUGUGCGAACCUUGUUGGGUGUGUGUGUGUGCCGGAGGACAGCGGGCUUGCUUACCGGGGAUCAACGGGUAUAGCUUUGGCAUGAUUCCGUGGUCGGGCCAGCACAAGCGGGUGGUUGAUGUUUAAAUUGGUGUCAAAUAAAUAACACAAAAACAAAAAAAUGUAAAUGUUUGAAAUAUACAAAAUAAAAUAGGUAGUUGAGAGCACUCUCCUUCAGCUCGCUAGCUCCCUCAUUUUUAUUUAUGAUCUAAAAGUUAGAACUGAUCCUAGAUCAGCAUUUCUAAUCUGAGGCCUUAUGAAUACAGGCCCUGGGUCUGUAUUCAUAACGCGUUUCAAAAUAGAAGUGCUGAUCUGGGAUCAAGUCCCUCUUGUCCAUGCAAUCUUCGUUAUGAUCUAAAUAAGACUAAAAUGAUCCUAGGUCAGCACUCCUGUUCUGAGACGUUUUAUGAAUACGGGCCUCGACUGCCUCGUUUUUAAUGGCUGCCUCCUCCUUUACUACCACAGACACAGUACAUAGUGAAUGUGAUUGUUCCAUUCAUACCUCAGCCGCAUUCUCAUGGCUCUGCUGGCAGUUUCCUCCCUGAUGCUAGCCAGCUGGGAUAAAGCUGAAUGUAAAAAAGGGUAUGUCUCUUUUGAAAUCAAUUAAAAAUGAUUUUGGUUGCUCUCGUUGACAGUGAAAAUAUAUAUAUUUUAACAACAGUAAAUAAAUAGAGGACUAACAAAGGUCGCAGUUGUAAAUAAAAACUUGUUCUCAACUGGCCUACCUGGUUAAAUAAAGGUGAAAUAAAAAAAUGAAGAACACAAAGCAUGGUGUGUCAGAGAUAGUUGUGCUGAAUCCUGAAUCAGUCACAAAACAGUUUGGUCUUAAUGCACUUUUCAUAUUUGUUUCUUUUCCAUUUGGAAAUAUCUUAAUAGGUUGCUGAAAAGGAAGGGCUAAACCCUUUCAAGAAAUCAAAACAUUGAAGUUGAAUAAAUCUGUUGUAGGCUGUGAUGGGUUAAUAUUGUGUCAACUUAAUCACCCCAUGUGGUAUUUGAAUACACAACUUAAAAAAAAAAUAAUAA